UGGCAUCCCUCCUCCCUUCACUGUACCCCCUUCCCUCCCUCUUCUGUUUCAAGCUCUCCUUCUUUCCGUGAGGCUGGGCGGUGAGAGAGGCCUUUGUGUCUGGCUGUGACACAGGAGGAGGAGGUAUAUGUAUGUGUGAGGGAGAAGGGGAGGGGAUGUGACUCGGUGCCUUCCUCAUCAACUCUUCUAACUCCUCUCCUCCUCCCACCAACAAACUCCCCGUGUGGUGGCUUCCCUUGGGUAGAAGAAAGGAGCUGCUGCUGCUGCCAGGCUGGAGGUUGCCCAAGGGUGCAGAGGUUGGCAGGAGCUGCAGUGACACACACAGGAGUAUAGCAGUGCCAAGCUGUAGCCUUCACAGGGCCUCAUUCUGGGAGGGGAAGUCUAUGGAAGCAGGCAGCUGCAUGCCCCAUCCAAGCUGAUAGUUAAUAUUUGUAUUUACUUACCUGGAGACUGUGCUCUCUGAUUUGUAGGAGAGGAGCCGCAUCCUAUGUCAGAAGCUAAGACGGGGAAAGAAGAUUCUCUCUCUGGGAAUAAGAGAAGAGGCUGAGGAGAGUGUUCUGUGAGAAAUUGGCUCAGCACAAUCCUCCCUGCUUUCUGGAAGAAGAAAAGAAAUUUAUUGUCUGAAGGUUAAUCAACCUAUAUAUCUUCUUUAACCGGAUUGGAGACUAACAUGCUGUUUAAUUCUGGUUAUUUAUGUGGCGUGCAAUGGAUUUUUCCUUAUUUUCACCUUUAAAUGGUGUAUUAAUGUGUGCGUGGAAGCCCCCUUAUAAUCCUUUUGCUUCGGGAAUGCAUUUCACAAAUCUUUCGAGAAACUCGGCUUUUUCUCAGUGAGACUUUGUGGAAAAGAAAUUUGUUUCUCAGAGGGUAUACUGACUCCAGAGGUAAUACACCUUCCUUUUAAAACAAGCAUUAUUUCACAGUGAGGAUUGUCACUUGCCGGGCUUUGGAUUAGCAGCCCAGAUCACAUUCAUUGUGAAAUCGGAUUAUAGCCAGAGAAAUUGGAUCUUAUGGUAUUUUUGCCUGUUCCAUUUGCCCCAUCAUUGUCCCAGUCCUACUGGAAAUUUCAAGAUAUGGCUUCACAUCAUACCUUUAUUUUACUGAUCCUUGGCUUACAUUCCACCUUCUUAUUGGCCACUGCCUCUGCUACUCAAAGUGAGGAACGUCUAUGUGCCUAUAAGGAUCCCAAUCAUCUGGACCAGGGAGUCGGCGAAAGUCAAAUAUCGCUGGAGAAUGGCACGGUUAAGUGUACCAUGGGCAAUAUCUGCUUUGGAUUAUGGGAGAAAACAAGAGAUGGUGAAAUCAAUCUUGUCAGACAAGGUUGCUGGUCCCAUGUAGGUGACCCCCAUGAUUGUUACAAUGACGAAUGUGUGGUGACUACGCCCCCACCAGUCAUCCAGAAUGGAACAUACCGUUUCUGUUGCUGCAUCAAAGACAUGUGCAAUGUUAACUUUACAGAGAAUUUCACACCUUCAGAUCCUACUAGCGCUUCACCAUACAGUUCCACUGGCUGGCUCCAUCGAGAGAUGACGAUAAUUAUUGCCCUGGCAUCUGUCUCUGUGCUGGCAGUUUUAAUAGUUAUCUUCUUCUUUGGAUACAGGAUAUUUGGAGGAGACCGUAAGCAAGGUCUUCACAGUAUGAAUGUGCUGGAGGCUGCCACAUCAGAACCAUCCCUGGACCUAGACAAUCUGAAGUUAUUAGAGCUAAUAGGAAGGGGUCGCUAUGGCUCAGUGUAUAAAGGGUCCCUGGAUGAGCGUCCUGUGGCUGUGAAAGUCUUCUCCUUCAACAACCGGCCAAAUUUUACCAACGAGAGGAGCAUUUACCGCACCCCACUGCUGGAGCACGAUAACAUAGCUCAUUUCAUUGUUGCAGAUGAGCGGAUAACCUCGGAUGGGCGUUUGGAAUACCUAUUGGUUAUGGAGUAUUACGCAAAUGGAUCUCUGUGCAAAUAUUUAAGUGUUCACAGCAAUGAUUGGCUUAACUCCUGUCGCUUGGCACAUUCUGUAACUAAAGGAUUGGCAUAUAUGCACACAGAAUUACUGCGGGGAGAUCAGUACAAGCCAGCGAUAUCUCACCGAGACCUUAACAGCCGUAAUGUGCUAGUUAAGAGCGAUGGCACAUGUGUAAUCAGCGAUUUCGGUCUGUCAAUGCGGCUCACAGGGAACAGGCUAGUGAGAACUGGUGAUGAAGAUAAUGCCGCCAUCAGUGAGGUUGGCACGAUCCGAUAUAUGGCCCCUGAAGUUUUGGAAGGAGCUGUUAAUCUGAGGGACUGUGAGUCUGCACUGAAGCAAGUGGACAUGUACGCUCUGGGGCUUAUCUACUGGGAGAUAUUUAUGAGAUGCACUGACCUCUUCCCAGGGGAAUCUGUGCCAGAAUACCAGAUGGUAUUUCAGACAGAGGCUGGCAACCACCCUACAUUUGAAGAUAUGCAGGUACUGGUGUCCAGAGAGAAGCAGAGACCCAAAUUCCCUGAAGCCUGGAAAGAGAACAGUCUGGCUGUGAGGUCAUUGAAAGAGACAAUUGAUGAUUGCUGGGAUCAGGAUGCAGAAGCCAGACUAACUGCACAGUGUGCAGAAGAGAGGAUGGCUGAACUCAUGAUGAUUUGGGAACGGAAUAAAUCUGUGAGCCCAACUAUCAACCCUACAUCAACAACAGUGCAGAAUGAGCGUAACUUGUCACAAAAUAGGCGGGUCCCAAAAAUUGGGCCAUACCCAGAUUACUCCUCUUCAUCCUACAUAGAAGAUUCUGUGCACAAUACUGACAGCAUUGUGAAGAACAUAUCAUCCGAGACCUCAAUGUCUAGCACCCCCCUUACAACUGGUGAGAAGAACCGGAACUCCAUCAACUACGAGAGACAGCAAGCUCAGGCUCGCCUACCUAGUCCUGAAACCAGCGUCACCAGCUUGUCAACGAACACUACCGCUACCAACACCACCGGGCUCACACCAAGCACUGGAAUGACCACCAUAUCAGAAGGCCAGUACUCAGAUGACACCAUGCACAGUGUGCAAAAUACUGGCCCCACUCCUGUGUGUUUGCAUCUGACAGAGGAAGACCUAGAGACCAAUAAGCUUGAUCCAAAGGAAGUAGAUAAGAACCUAAAGGAGAGCUCAGAUGAAAAUCUUAUGGAGCAUUCCCUCAAACAGUUUAGUGGGCCUGACCCCUUAAGCAGCACAAGCUCCAACCUGUUUUAUCCACUUAUCAAACUAGCAGUUGAGUCCAAUGGGCAACAGGAUUUUAAUCAAACAGGAAAUGGACAAGCUUGCAUUGUCCAGGAUGUUCAUGCUGCACAACUGUAUCCUCUUCCCAAGCAGCAGAAUCUUCCCAAAAGACCUACCAGCCUCCCACUAAACACUAAAAACUCUGGCAAAGAAUCCAGGCUGAAAUUUAGUAGCAAGCACAAAUCAAACUUAAAGCAUGUUGAGACCGGAGUAGCCAAAAUGAACACAGUGACUGCUGCAGAACCACACGUGGUGACGGUGACCACUGCCUCAGUGGGUGGUAGGACAGGCUAUGUAAACUCUCAGGGUCCCGCAGCCCAGUUUCCUAACACAUCUGCUGUGCAAAGCAGUAAUUCAGUGGCCCACAGGGCACAGGAGAUGCUACAGAACCAGUUCAGAGGGGAAGACAACCGACUAAAUAUUAACUCUAGCCCAGAUGAAAAUGAGCCUCUGCUAAGGCGGGAGCAACAGGCUGGCCAGGAUGAAUCAGUCUUAGAUCGGCUAGUGGAUAGGAGGGAACACCCUGCAGAAAAUAGCCGUGUGAACUCCAAUAACAAUAACAAUAGCAACCAAGGUGUACUACAAGACACAGCUCCACAAAGUGCUCCUGUAGAGACAAGGCAGCGACAGACAAGGAGAGCUCAGAGACCAAACUCCCUGGAUUUAUCCAGCUCCAGUAUUAUGGAUAACUGCAGCACACAGUGUGAAACUCUUUCAGACAGUCGAUCUAGCUCAGGAGACAAGAUUAAGAAGAGAGUGAAGACACCAUACUCCCUUAAACGGUGGCGCCCUUCUACUUGGGCAAUUCCAACCGAACGCCAAGACUGUGAGGUCAACAAUAACGGAGGCAGUGAAUCGUUCAGUCACUCAAAGUCCAGCACAGCUGUUUACCUUAUAGAUGGGGGUACUGCCACCUCUACGCUUUCUAAAGAAGCCAAGAUGACCUGCUUGUAAAUGCUUCAAUACAUUUACAUUUUCUGUGGUUGCUUGAAAGCCUCCAAAACUUGAUGUUUUAUUUUCUUGCAUCAUCAAAUGAGCAGAAAACAGAGUUUGUAUCAUCAAUUCUUUGUAAAGGACUUGCUUCAAAUCUUGUGGUUCUGGAAUCGCUACCAGCACCUUGUUGGCACCCCUAGAGAAGUUACAUAGAUUUCAGCUAUGCAGAGUAAACAAGAAAAAAAGCUUAUGCUUCCAUGUUUUUUUUUCCUUCAUCAUUUACAAUGCAGAUUCAUUUUUGGAACCAUUCUGCACCUUGUAACAUAUUACUGAGCAAAUGUUAAGUUUCGCGGACACACACACAUCUAUUUGUGUGAGUGUGUAUGUAUAUGUAAUGUCAUAAUGAUAAGCAAAACAGAAAAAAACACUAAUUGGAUGUUUGUUUGUUUGUUUGUUUGAAGCAAGAAAUGAAAAGAUAUUGUUGACCAGUUUGGUCUCUAAAAUGCUCCAGAAACUGCCAGACAGGAUAACCUUCAGCAAAAUCUUGUGAACGGAAUUCUAUUUGCCAGGUGUCCUGUUCAAAUGUUGGUGUGUUGAAGCUGCACUUGUGUAAGGAGAGAAAAAAAAAUUCCUGCCUUUUCUUUUAGUAGAUAAAAAUAUAUAUAUAUCUUUGCACUUUUAGGUAAAAGCACUGCGGGUCACAUUUAUGAUUGCUGCCUCCCUGACUUUUUUCCAUUCUCUGUUUUUGACCCCUGAACUGCAAAUAUGUUCCCUCCAUAGCUUGCAAACUGUAUGUAAAUGGAGUUAAAAUCAUACCAGCCAAUGAAGCACAUGGCUAGAGCAUUUCUCUCCAAAGGAAAACACAAUUACUUUGAAUGCAGGGCUUAUCAUCCUUGUAUAGCACAGUUUGAUUUUGUGCAGAAAUAUUCCUUCUGUACCCAUCUCUACUUUGGUCCACUUGCAGUUGGACUGACUAUCUGCAGUAGUAAUUGGAUGAAAGUGUUUGGGUUGGUACAGUCACAUUGUAAAGUAUGGGAAAUUUCAGAAGGGCCUGAGGGAGUCUGUUUGGGCAUCUCUGUAUCUGGCAUGCCAGGGACUAUUUUGAAUCUUAGUCUAUACCAGACUCACAUGACAUCCAUUAACGUCAACUUAAAAUAACAGAUACAAAUGUCCCAAAAGUGUGAUCCAACAUGCCCAGUCAACAGCAUGGGCUUUUGCAUCUCAUUUUGUAUUACAGUCAGUCUGACUUUAGUGGGUCCAAAGCCUACAUGGGCAAGCCCUUUGGAGAAGCUGCCUCUGCUAAGUUUUCCACAGACUGCAUUAACAGCAGCACCCACAGUUUAGUAAAUAUUAACAGCAGCACCCACAGUUUCAGUAAAUAUAAGGUGCUUUAGUUAUUUUUCUAUUUGGAGUAUUCAUCAGCUAUGGCAACCUAUACAUCAAGGAAUGUGUUCUAUAUACACGAUAAGGUAUGCAAUCAUACUAUUUAACCGCAAAUAUAUCCAAGAUCACUGCUGUUAACCCUUUGUGUAACAGUCACGGAUGUAUUUUCCCCAUGAGUUUAAAUCUAACUCAAUAACGUAGAAUCUAUGUAAAUUGACUUUGGUACUUCCAUGUCAGUCCCCUAGAUUUCAAGGUCUGUGGCACAAAAAGGGGUUAAUACAUUAUGUUUAUUUGGCCUUAAAAGGUUGAGUUGCUGGAUGUAAACUCUUAAAGGGAUACUGUCAUAGGAAAAAAAUUUUUUUUCAAAAUGAAUCAGUUAAUAGUGCUGAUCCAGCAGAA